AUGAGGAUAGACGUCAAUAGGAAGACCAGCUCGCGGCCGCCGACCCUCCAGAUCCCGAAGAAUCGAAGCGUGCAGAGACUCAGCAACCUCUCCUCAGCGUCGGCAUCGGGCAGUAGCGGGACUUUGGGAGUCGAUGCACCGCACAGAAGAUCGUCGGCGGACACAGACAAUGGGGAGCAAGAGGCAUAUCACACCUUGACUCGAUCACCCAUUCUUUCACCAGCAGACAGCGGUCUCCGUCGGAUCCGCCAACAACCACCACCUCAACCACCCCGCAAAGCCUCUUCACCCCUCCUCUACCCAACAACAUCACAUACCGAGCCUUCGCCCCAGAUCUCGCCUAUACCUUCACGGAAAUCUUCGUAUCACCAACUCUCCGGUCUAGCGUCACCGGGCUUCGCCUUCACUGAAGACCUCACUCGCUUCCCAUCCGAGUCACUGCAUUCAUUCUCUUUUGCCCACCAAAGCAGCGAGACACUCGUCAAUCGACAAAAUGCUCUGAAGAGGUCAAUCGAGUUCAUGCGAGAUAAGCUCGGCUGGGCUGCGACUUCACCUCGGAUUGCUAGCGCGCAAGCUCGAUUAGCAGGCGACGAAGAGCUGCUCACCAUGAUGGAGUUGAUGCACAAGGCCAGCGUGCUGAGUCCUGAGGGUCUGGGGCCGGAGAAGACUGGGUUGGGCAUUGAUCGAGGGCCACUCACAGGGCCGGCACAUCUGGCGAACGAGAAUGUGUUUGAGAAGAACUUCCUGUCACAGAGCCCGACUGGAAGCCCAGAUGUGAUCAACGAGGAGCCUGAGGAAGCCGAGUCUUCCAACAGCUCAAGCACGCUGUCUCCUCCGCUGAGAGAGGCAUCGCCUUCUCAGCCGCCAUUGUCCACCGAGCAGCUGAGUCUGUCACGCAUAACGACGGCAGAUAUGUCUAACGCCGGUCCACCCGAGCGGCCACAGCGAGCCUCCCUUAAGCGGACAUAUACCGAUGUGGCCGGCUACUCACUCCAGCACAAACUCACCGAAGCACUCGCUCAACCAUACCACUCAAGUCAGUCUCCAUCUACCAUGUCAACAACCAAUGCCCCCGUCUUCCGCGCUCCACCACCCGUUAGGAGCGGCACUACCGUGAGCGAGCGCGCACCUCACGGCCACAGGAACAAUCAAGCGCAAGCCAUCUUCACCACCGGCGCUAAGAGCCCGUGGACCAUCACAGCGGCAAACGAUCUCGCAUGUCUCGUCUUCGGCGUCACUAGGGCUGAGGUCCGAAAGCUUGGGAUCAUGGAGGUCAUUGCUGAGUCGCGUCGAGCAUGGCUGGAGGAGAGGCUGCAGAAUCCGGACUCAGGGAAUGCGCCGAGGCAAGGUCAGCAGCAAGCGAAAGCUUCUGAGCGGGCCAACGAAGCGAAGCCAGCGCAGUCUUCGACCCUGGCAGGUGCAAUGGGAGGCGGUAUCACUGCCAGGCUACUCGCGAAGCCACCGUCUAAGUACUCGUCCGCUUGGCGUCGGAGUAAGACUGAGGGUCACCGCAAUUCCAGCAAGCCGAUCCCAGCGCCAUCCGAAAAGAAGGAAGAGUCGAACGGUGCAUCCAACCACAUUGCCCACAAGAGCCGCGGCGUGCUACUCUGCGGCGACGUCGUGCCCAUCCGCAAGAUGAACGGCUCCACCGGCAGCGCCUCCCUCUGGGUCAAGGAAAAGAGCGGCGGCCUCAUCUGGGUCCUCGAAGAAAUCGCCGAAGACGUCGCCUUCCUCACCGUCGACGAGAUCGGCUCCGUCAUCCGCGGUAACGGCGACAUCUCCCAGAUCUGGGGCCUCGAGCGCGUGCGGAACGGUAUGGAUGUCACGCGGCUGAUCCCGGCCUUUCCGCGCAUGAAGGGUACGAAUACCGGCGCGCUGGACUACGAUGCUGUCGCGAGGCUGAAGAGUUUCACUGCGCGGACGAGCAAUGAUAUCAGCAUUCCGACGACAGUUGAGCCGGUGGAGGGGGAGAGCAGCACGUUCCGUGUGAGUUCGUUCCCGCAUAUUGCGGGAAUUCUGGUGCUGGACCCGGCGAGCAUGAAGGUCAGUAGUAGCAACUCGGUGUUCUCGUCGGCGCUGUUCGGGUACGCGAAUCCGGAUGGUAUGGCGGUGACGGAGCUGAUCCCUGGGUUCGAUGGCAUUUUGCGGAUGAUGACCGAUGAGGAUGAUAUUGAGCUCGUGGAUGGCAUUGUCAUUCCUGAACACUCUUUCCGCCGCGCGAGGGCGUUGCUGGCGCUUAGGGAGGGCAGCUCGGAUGCUGCGGCGGUGUUUUUGAAGCCGAGUGGGCUGCCGGCGAAGCAUCGUGAUGGCGCGGAGAUUAUGAUUGAUGUACAGAUGCGGGUGGUGAAGAGCGAGAAGGACUCCACGCCGUUGCCGUUGGAUUCCAUUGUCGAGGAUGCUGUGCCGAGCAGUGUCGUCUACGCCCUUUGGAUUACCUACUCCAGGCAACUGCACGCUGUGAACCAUGGUGUGGGCCCAGUCAGUACGGUUAGCAGACCAGCCACGCCACCGCAUCAGCCAGCCCCAGGCACUGGCCACAUCGACUCCGCCGUCCCCAGCCCGAUGGCUCCCUCCACCGUCCACGAAGAGAACGAGCUCCGCAACCAACUCCUCACCCAACAACUCGAAGAAGCCAAAUCCCUACAAGACCAACAAGAAUCCACCUCCCCCUCCUCCGACGACCAAGAACCCUACGAACACCCCUCCCCGGACAUGUCCUGCCGCACCAUCAAAAAGAAACGCAUCGACGACUUCACCAUCCUCGAAGAAAUGGGCCAAGGCGCCUACGGCCAGGUCAAGCUCGCCCGCUACAAGACCCGCGCCGCGAAGAAGAUGGUCAUCAAGUACGUCACCAAACGCCGCAUCUUAGUCGACACCUGGCACCGCGACCGCCGCCUCGGCACCGUACCCCUCGAGAUUCACGUGCUGGACUACCUCCGCCGCGACGGGCUGCAACACCCGAAUAUCGUCGAGAUGGCGGAUUUCUUCGAGGACGACGUGAACUACUACAUCGAGAUGGUGCCGCACGGCCUGCCCGGGAUGGACCUGUUCGACUACAUUGAGCUGCGGGUCACGAUGGACGAGGCGGAGUGUCGGAAGAUUUUCGUGCAGGUGGCGCAGGCGCUGGGGCAUUUGCAUGGGACGGCGAAGGUAGUGCAUCGGGAUAUCAAAGAUGAGAAUGUGAUUUUGGAUGGGGAGGGUAGGGUGAAGGUGGUGGAUUUCGGGAGCGCGGCGUAUAUCAAGAGUGGGCCUUUUGACGUUUUUGUGGGGACUAUUGAUUACGCCGCCCCCGAAGUCCUCCGCGGCUCGCCCUACCGCGGCAAAGAACAGGACGUCUGGGCCCUGGGCAUUUUGCUGUACACGAUCGUGUACAAAGAAAACCCUUUCUACAGCAUCGACGAGAUCAUGGACCACGAUUUGAGAGUCCCUUAUGUUCUGAGCGAGGAGUGCAUUGAUUUGAUCAGGAGGAUGUUGGAUCGUGAUGUUGAGGGCAGGAUUGGGAUUCAGGGGGUCUUGGAGCAUGAGUGGUGUGGGAUGGUGAUUGAGGGGGAGGACCAGGAUGAGGGAGAGGGUCCUGAGGGGGUUGUUAUGGGGAAGGGGAGGGGGAAGGCGUGA